UUUUUUAAAUCCAGAGUUCCCCAAUUCAAAACAAAGUACGACACUUCCGUGGCCGUCGUCGACAACUUUCCCACUUUGCACAUCGUCGUUUCGCCAAACAUACCAUUUUAAAAAAAAAAUUUAUUUUUCAGUUUGUUACAAAGCUCAAAUGGAGACCACUGGAGAUCCCGGUCCAAUUGAUAAUGUUGUACUUUAUGAUCAAGAUAGCCAUGUCUCUUCAGCUGUUUGGGAUGGGCAGGAACGAGGAGUGCUUAGAUGUCAUGAACACACUUCACUGCUUGACCAAUGGAAGCUCACAGCUGAACAAAUCGAGUUGGUUGGGAAGGCUGGAUUUCAUUACUUACGAAUGAUUCCCGCAAUUAAUUUUGACAGUGCCCUCAUAGCAGCGCUAGUUGAGAGGUGGAGGAGAGAAACAAAUACCUUUCACUUGCCUGUUGGAGAAAUGACAAUAACUCUUGAAGAUGUAGCACUCUUGCUUGGACUAGCAAUUGAUGGAGAGCCUGUUAUAGGUGUAACAAGCAGCACACCCAGCUUGUUGUGUGAAAAAUUACUAGGAAGAGUACCAGAGGACCUAACUGGUGGAAUGGUGAAGCUUACCUGGUUGAAAGAGUUCUUUUCUCAAUGUCCCAAAGAUGCACCAGUGGAAGAGAUUGAGUGCCGAACACGUGCCUACCUUCUAUACCUGGUAGGCAGUACAAUAUUUUCUACAACAACUGGUAACAAAGUCCCUGUCAUGUACCUUUCAUUGUUUGAGGAUUUUGACAAAGCGGGAAAGUUUGCAUGGGGUGCAGCAGCAUUGGCAUUCUUAUAUAGAGCACUUGGCAAUGCUUCACUAAAGUCUCAAAGCACCAUUAGCGGCUCUUUGACUUUACUCCAGUGUUGGAGUUAUUAUCGCCUGAAUGUUGGCCGACCAAGGUUCAAUCAGGAGCCAAACCAAGGUUGCUUCCCAUUGGUGCUCUGGUGGAAAGGAAAACAAAGUGGUUCCAGAAUGAAAUGUAAUUUAGUCUCUUAUCGGAAAGCCUUGGAUUCUCUUAAACCUUCUGAUGUGGAGUGGCUUCCUUACAAAGAUAUCGACCAUACAGUAAUACCAGAAGAUAUUAAAAAUACUUUGACCUUGCGGGCAUCAAGGACUAUGCUCAUUUGCUUUGAAAAGGCAGAAAGACACCUCCCAGAUCGUUGCGUUAGGCAAUUUGGCAUGCUUCAAGGGAUUCCAAAUGAUGUUCAUCGAUGGGAGAGAAAGAGCCGUGCAUAUGAUCAUGGUGUUGACAUCUUGGGUAAAAUGCAAUAUGAGCUUGAUGAGUGGGCAAUGCGUAGAUUUUAUGUCGUGGAAGGUGAUGAUGAUGUGGACGAAAAGGAGUACAUGCAGUGGUAUGAGAAAAUUACUCGUAAAUUCGUAGGGAGGCUUACAUCUGUUGAGUCUGAAUUUAAGGGAAAAGUUGAAGCUUUGAAUGAAAUCGCAGACAUGCUAGGUAAGUUUUCAGAAGAUGGGAUGGAUUUCCAGGAUAGGAAGUUACUUGAUGAGGUCAAGGAUAUUGUGCACAAAUAUUUGAUGGAUGAAGUUGGAGAUUCACCAAAAAAAAUUGGAAUGAAGAGUACUAAGAAGCGUAAGCGGAAGGAUGAUUCGAUUUGCGAGGAUGGCCAAUGUUAAGAGUUGUAGAUGCAUUAAUCAUGCGGACAGCUCUGUUUAUUGAGAUAAAAAUACCCUAAAAAAAAUCUAUUUGGCAAAGUGGUUAAGAUGUGAUUUUCUUUUCGUUGGUCAUUAGUAAAGCACUUCUAGGAAGUAGGUUAUUAUUACUUAGUUUUAGGGGAUAUGUAGUGCAUAGCCUAUAGUCGCCUUGUAUGAUUAUGAAAUGUGUAAAAAAUUCUUCAUUUAAGAUGUCAAGUAGUUCUUCACUGAAUUAAAAUUUUCAA